AUGACUGUAUGUGGUGAAGAGAUUUGUGUGAUUGUGGGUGAGGUUUCGGAAACGAAUUUGUUUGGUUGGGAACUGUUAAUCAGUAUGGGGGAUGGAAAGAAUUCUAAAGAAGAAGCUGAGAAGGGUAAGGUUAUACUUUGUUAUGGAAAACGAGAAUAUGUUGUAAGUGAGGAAAGGAAGGAGGGUAGUCCAGAUGACAAUGGGGAGAGACGUCAGAAAAAUGCCGUCAAAAAGCCACGACAAUUCGAUUUGGCCACAAUGUUUGAAGAAACUCAUCGUGUUGCGGCCGAAAGAAAUGCUGAAAGGGGGCUUCGGAGUUCUUUUCAAGAUAGCUUGAUUUCACCCCAUGAGAAAGAAGAGUCUACUGAAAUUUCUGAAGUAAGUGAUCCGGCAGACCCACUGCCUUUGUGGUUAAUCAAAGUUUUAACGGAACAGAAGAAAAAAAGUGAAGAUGACACUAAAGAAGAAGACGAUGCUGAUGUGUUUACCGUUCCUUUGCCGAAAAACUUCGUUUCUGCUCCGUCCUCAUCGGAGCAACCUGAUCCCAGUGCGGUUCUUGACCAGGGGGACACGAUGUCAGCUGAAAAGGAAGACGAUGAUGACUUUGAAGAUUUCGGUGAGGUUCCAGUUAUGCAGUUAAUUCCCACAGAAUGCGAAGUCGUUGUUCUCAAUGGAAAGAAACCGGUUUCUGCACUAGCGUUUGAUCAUCAAGGUACACGUUUUGCAUGUGGUGGUUGGGAUUAUGCAGUCAAUCUAUACGAGUUUCAAAAAAUGGACUAUACGUUCCGGCCUUCUCGUGAACUUGCCCCUUGUGAAAGUCAUGUGAUCAACGAUUUGGCAUUCAGUACUAACGGAGAACAGCUUUUAGUAGCAAGCGGGCAUGCGCAGAUUCGCAUCUUAGAUAGGCAGGGUAAACAGUGGGCGGAAACAGUACGAGGUGAUCAGUAUUUGGUAGAUUUAUCAAAUACAUCUGGUCAUACCAGCGCUGUAAAUUGCUGUUGUUGGCACCCGCUCAUAAAGACUGAAUUUCUAAGCUGCGGAGACGAUGGCACUCUUCGUAUAUGGUCGCUGGAUGAUUAUAAAGAGUUGCGACACUGCAUAACAAAACAACGGAAAGUUAUUAAGACUAAAACUGGCGGUGGUAGACGAGCAAUAGCUACCUGCUGUGCUUAUUCACGCGAUGGCAAACUGAUUGGUGCAGGUUGUAGUGAUGGUUCCAUACAAAUAUGGAAAAAUGGAAAUCUCUUCGUGAACACUACUUACUUGAACAGGACAGCUCAUUCUAAGCCGGUAACUUCAAUUCAAUUCUCAGCAAAUGGACAGCAGAUUCUAUCGAGAUCUCUGGAUGGGACUCUCAAAUUGUUUGACCUAAAAUCUUUCAAGGAACCUGUGCUUAUGAAGAAUGACUUAUUUACUGACUUUGAAGGGACUGAUUGUGGUUUCUCGCCUAGAGGAGAACUUGUUUUUACAGGGACUUCCACUUCAGAUGAUGGUGGAAUUGAUGGGGCUCUUCUCUUUUUUGAUUCAUCGAAUUUUGAACUCGUCUACCAAAUCAAAUAUCCUAAGCUUAGUUGUAUGAGGAUUAAAUGGCACGAAAAAAUUAACCAAAUUCUGGUUGCGCUCAGUGACGGGUCACUUCGUUUGUAUUAUGAUCCUGUAAGUAGUGCUCGUGGUGCUCUUUUAUGUGUCUCUCGGCCGUUAAGGAGAGCUAGGCAGCAAGAAGUUGUGCGGGAAGAGAUGAUUUUGUCACCUUUAACUCUUGAAAUGUUUCAACCUCGAGGCGAAGAAGGUGAGGAAAAAGAGGUUACUACAUGGAGGCUUAGGAAAUUCCUGCGGAUGCAGGACAACAAGUUACGACCGGAUUUCCGCAAGCCGGCAGACAUGCCCAUGAGUGGUCCUAGUUCUGGUGGUCGUCAAAUGGGGACUAAAAGGAAUCGUGAUUUUCUUGCUGAUACUGACGUUCGAGCUUCAAUACUGCGUCAUGCUGAAGAGGCAGAGAAAAAUCCGUAUUACGUUGCCAAAGCGUAUUUAAAGAAUCAGCCUGUAACAAUUUUUCAAGAGAAAACCACUGCACCUGAAGAGGAAGAAGGGGAUGCUGAAUUACAGCCUCUUUAUAAACAGCCUAUGAUUGACUAUCAUUUUAAGGAGGAACUUGAGAAAUCAAGAGAGAAAGUUGAAGACCUUUUCAAUUUUGAAGGAUUCAAGAUUGGUCGGGGUACUUAUGGCCACGUUUACAAGGCUCACCCUCGUCGGCCAGACAUAUUUGGCGAAGAUACGAAGAAGGAAUAUGCGUUAAAGUUGAUUGAGGGUCAAGGAUUUUCGAUGUCUGCUUGUAGAGAAAUUGCUUUACUGCGAGAGCUGAAGCAUCCAAAUUUGAUACGGUUACGUAGGGUUUUUUUAACCCUUGAAAGAAAAGUGUGGUUUUGUAUGGAUUUUGCCGAACAUGAUUUAUGGCAUAUAAUCAAGUUUCAUCGUGCUGCCAAGCAGAAGAAAACUCCUGUUUUGGUUCCUAAGGGAAUGGUAAAAAGUUUGCUUUAUCAGAUCCUUGAUGGCAUUCACUACUUGCAUACGAAUUGGAUUUUACAUCGGGAUCUAAAACCUGCAAAUAUCUUAGUCACUGGAGAAGGACCAGGAGUUGAAAGAGGACGAGUCAAGAUAGGUGAUAUGGGCUUUGCCAGAGUAUUUUAUAACCCACUCAGGCCUUUAGCUGAACUUGAUCCCGUGGUGGUUACUUUUUGGUACCGUGCCCCCGAAUUACUUCUAGGAGCGAAACAUUAUACUAAAGCUAUAGAUAUCUGGGCAAUUGGUUGUAUAUUUGCUGAGCUUCUGACAUCUGAGCCAGUUUUCUUCUGUAGGGAGGAAGAUAUUAAAGCUUCCAGUCCUUAUCACCAAGAUCAGCUCAAUAGAAUAUUUACGGUGAUGGGGUUCCCCUCUGAAAAGGAGUGGGAAGAUUUGAAGAAAAUGCCGGAAUACCAAAAACUUAUACAAGAUUUUAAGCGGACAAGUUAUGCAAAUUGCACUUUACAACGUUAUAUGGAAAAACACAAAAUCCGUGCAGAAACGCCUGCUUUUUCUUUACUGCAAAGAUUAUUAACUAUGGAUCCUAUAAAGCGUAUAACUGCGCAAGAAGCUUUGGACGACGACUACUUUAAGGAGGAUCCGAAACCUACUGCCGACGUCUUCAACGGAUGUGCCAUCCCGUAUCCAAAAAGAGAAUAUCUUUCUGAUGAAAAUGAAGUUAAAAGUGGUUCUGGUUCUAAAACGCAGCAAGCGCCUCCUCCCCAGCAGAGCCAGCAACAACCUAUCACAAUGCAUCAGCAACAACCGAUUAUCGAACCUGCCGCUAAAAAAAUGCGGUUACAGUCUACGCAACAGAUGCCUCCUACACAACCACAGAUGGAACCACCACUGAUAAAUCCAUCUGUUAGCGGUAUAUUUGCUUCAAAUGUUUCUAACCAAGAUUAUCCUCCUGUCGGCUCUGGUUCAAAAGCAAUGCAGUUUGAACAGCAGCACCAACCUCCGGUAAUACAGUCUCAACAAAUCAAUAACAGCAAUAUGCAACAACUUCCAUACCCACAGCAUCAGCAACAUCAAAUAAUCUCUCAAGGCCCGAACAUGUAUCAGCAACAGCCACAAAUAUCAAUGAAUCAACCUAUGGUUCCUACCUCACAACCUCAUAUAUCGGCUCGACCAAUGCAAAUGCCUGCUCAGACAAAUAUUAUGCAGUCCAGUUACCAGCAACCUAUAAUGCAGCCUAGUGGUAUGAUAGUUCCUCAACCAGCUCCAGAGAUGAUGCCUCAGCAGGGACAGUACAUGAUGCCACAGCAGCAACAAUGGCCACCCAUGCAACAAAGGUAUCAGUAA